CUUUGUCAUAUUUCAUUUUCAUUUAUGAAUAUUACUCACAACGUGUGUGAACCAAAAAAAUUACAGAUAAUUUCAGGGAAUUUACGAGUCCUCCAAAAUCUGAAUGGGAAUACAUAAUGAAUAAUUUCUUUAAGGGUGUUGUCCAUCUCUAUGAAUUUCGAAGCAGAAACACGUGUUGAAAAUAAAGUGAAGAGUACCAACUUUUUCGGAAUGAGCCAAAUGUGGAAAAAUACUGAUGACACUUCUGAUGAAGAUGGAGCCGGAGCUGAAGUACCGAUCUUCGAUGAGUUGGUAAGGACUUGCCAAGAAUUGAAUAAAAAAAAGAGGAAGGCAUCCGAUGAUAGCGAUUCUUCUAGUAUGGAAGAAGGGGCUGUUGGGGGAGAUUUUGAGGUCGAGGCCAACGACCAAUCCUCUGCAGGCAAUGGCUUCGAUCGUGGCCUUGAGGUGGAGAAGAUAAUGAGCGUGCAUGAUGGAAUCGAUGGGAAAAGAAUUUACGUCACAAAAUUCAGAGGCGCGGAGGAGCUCCAACACAUUCCCUCAGCGGUGGCCAGUGCCAAAAUGCCACAAAUUGUGAUUAAUUUUUAUCUUGAGCGCAUCCAAAUGUUGGAAGACGAUGAUGAAUAAACUGUUCACAUAUUACGAAACUAAA